AUGGACAUUACUCCAACUGAGGAAUCUCCAGAUGUCACAAGGGAAGCGGAUAGCGCCUUCAUACCAGGGACCUUCGACGAAGUACUGACACUGGCAGGCUUCCCAUCAGGAGACAUUGAUUCUAUAGCCUCACCAAAGUACUUGGCGUCUCUUUCUGCAGCAUGCAACAUGGACGGCACAGCUCUCAUUUUCUGGAGCGAUUCAAACAAAAACAAAUUAGUGGCAGGUAAGAUGCAGUUCAUGACUGAACGGUCCAAUGCAGACGCUCACCAGGGUGUAGAGAUGCAAACCGAUGAUCCAGAUGGAUCCGCCAGUCAACUUAGCCAACAAUCUGUUGUGGGCAAGCAGAAAUCACAGAUCUAUGCACUCGACAGGUUCAUUCGCAGCAUCAGGCUCUCAAUCAAUGUGCAGGAAAAUGAAUCCAAAGCCAACAUUCUGUCGUCUCUGCGAAAUACUCAGGGGUACCUCCUCAAAAUCGAGGAUGAAAUUGCUGAGAACCGGAAACUCCAUACCCAGUCAGUUAUCCACAACAAGAAGCACUCGUACAUGGUCAAUGAGCUGCGACUUCAGCUCUUUGAAUCAUACCUUGAGGCCGACAUUCGCCACAGAGAGCAGCACUUGAAGCAGCUCAAUCGGAUUGAAGACCUGGAGAAGGAAUCGUCGAAACAAGUGAAAAGAGUUGAGGCGUUGAAGAUUCAAUUGGCUCAAGAGAAGCUGGCUCGUGGAAAAGCGGCACGCAUUUUGCUCAACGAGCAUGACCCUGUGGCUGCUAAAGAUGAGGCUCUUAUGCUUCUGAAGCCUCACAUGGGGUUGAAGUUGCCGCCGUCUUUGAAGAAAGACCUAGAAUCAAACAUCCAGGACUUUCAUGUUGCUCGAGAUAAAUUAUUCCGGGAAACGGUCGCACAAAAAUUGCUAGAUAUGUAG